UAAAAAAUGAAAGAAGAUAGGUAAUGAUUGUAAAAAUCACGCUAAGUGAGUAGGUACCUAAUUGGUGGUAAAACCCUUUUAAAUUGCAAUACUUAGCGAAUUAAUAAACUUAUUUAUUUUUCCUUAAUGAAGUAGUCAAGUUGCCUUACUAAAUAGGAUUUUCUUUCCUCUUUCCUUUGUCAGCCAAAAACCGAUUGGCACACGAGGCAAUAAUUGUUUUCUAUUGUCUUAUUUACACGAAUCAAGAACGUCAUUCAAUCAUGAUUCCAUAGAACAGGUCAUUUAAGUAAAGCGGGCUAUACACGGUAGGUUGUAUAAUAUUUGUACUAAGCUGACUUUACUUCCAUUUACAUAGCUGAGCUUUGCAGGGAAAUCAAUGCAAGUGUACUUAUCCGUAUUUUAGGUAAAUAAAAGCCCUAAAGAGAGUAGAGCCAAAGUACUUAAGAACCUACAUUAAUACGUAGGAAGCUGAAUCAAUUACUUACCCACUUAAUAUUGUGUGCUCCCACCUUUAUCGAAAGGAUCAUAUUUUUUGUAGGUAUAUAAGUAAUUGAAAUCUUCAAUAAUGCGAUUAUUUUGUGCGUGACUGUUGUCCAUUAGUUACUAUAAUGGCGUCAUUGCUCCGGCGUAGUACGUUGUACUACAGCCAGUCGAGACAAUUGCAAAAAAGUGCGGCGGCUAGUAAUGUUCCUAGUGUUCCCAACUUUAAUUUGAAUGCAGAGAGGAAAGCCUUCCAGGCUGUAUUGCCAGAAAUCAUAGACACUGUUGUAGGGGGACCUAAAUUAACUGGUUUGCCUGAUGUCAGAAGAUGGAUAAGACAGUUAUUAGAAUACACAUUAUGUGGAGGAAAACUAGGCAGAGGACUCAUGGUGUCAGCUGGUUACCGAAUGUUUGAAGAGCCAGAGUACUUCUCGGAAGAAACACAGCAUUCAGCUCGUAUUCUGGGAUGGUGUAUCGAAAUGUUGCAGACAUCAUAUCUGAUAGCGGAUGACGUCAUUGACGGAGCAACAGUUCGCCGCAAUAAGCCCUGCUGGCAUCUGCGACCAAAUGUCGGGAUCUCUGCAGUAAAGGACUUCGUACUUAUACAACAGUGUAUUAUGGAAAUGCUGGACACAGUUUUCGGGAAGACGCCCAUUUAUUUGGACCUGUUACGUUAUUUUAGUGAGGUAAGUUGUAAGAAGAAUUACACAGACAUGUAA